CGCCAUUAUACCAUAGAAGAAGAACUGCGCCAAAGUUAGCUAGAUAGCUCACUAGCGGACAGGUUCAGUCAACAACAGCACGUUUGAUUAGGGGAGACUGGCCUUCUGCACUGCCACGUUUAAAAAACAGAUUCAUAACGAGGUACUCCAAAACAAAAUGAAUGUUGGCGUAGCGCACAGUGAGGUGAACCCCAACACUCGGGUCAUGAACAGUCGAGGGAUCUGGCUGACCUAUGCCCUCGGUGUUGGAAUGCUUCACAUUGUGCUCUUGAGCAUACCCUUCUUCGGUGUACCUGUGGUGUGGACUCUCACAAAUGUUAUACACAAUUUUGGGAUGUAUGUCUUCAUGCAUGCAGUGAAAGGCACUCCGUUUGAGACCCCAGACCAAGGCAAAGCCCGGCUCCUGACACAUUGGGAACAGUUGGACUACGGCGUGCAGUUCACAUCAUCCAGAAAAUUCUUCACCAUCUCCCCAAUCGUUUUAUAUUUUCUUGCAAGCUUCUACACAAAGUACGACACAACACACUUUGUCAUAAACACUGCGUCCCUUUUGAGCGUGCUGAUCCCCAAAUUGCCACAACUACACGGAGUCCGAAUCUUUGGCAUCAACAAGUAUUAAUCCGAGUGUUAAGAGGGUCAGUGGUGUGUGACCAACUCUCAAAGGAGCUAUUGCCUCAUAGCAAGAUGAAUAGUUAACCCUAUGUACUCUGUACCACUGGAGUGUGUACUAAGCAGUUUUGUGCAGUACGUGCAUUGUUUAGGUACGUCAGGUUAAACUAGUGGGAGAAUGAGAGAGAGAAUGCCAUGUGCAUUACUAACUUAAGUAAAUAUUUAAUGUUGUAUUUUUUGAUCUGCAUAGACCUGGGCUGGCCCAGGUUUCAAACGUGGGCCUUUUUUUGUUCUGUUCCGUUUUUUUUGUUAUUUGCUCUCACUUCACACAGUGACACGGACUGCGUUCCUUGUCACAAUGUAUUUUUCUGUUCUUAACCGGAAGCCUUAAAAAUGCCAGAUGUAUUUUUAAAGAUGAUUUCUUCAUAAAAGUAGGGGCCUAUGGUUCAUUGUUUGACACACACUUAAUUUUUAGAAGGGUGUCAAUCUUAUUACUGGAAAAAAACUGGGGCCUUAGAACCGUUGCGUACAUUUUUACACUAAAUAUCUGCAUGCGCCAUUUCUGAAGACGGCGCACGCACAAAUAUUGAGAUUUAUAAACUUGGCACACGCCAAUCAUACGCAUGUUUCCCCCUAGAAAUCAGACCUGUCGUAAAACUGCGCGCGUGAAGCAUUAUAAGUUGGCCUGAAAAACGCCCAUCAUUCACCUUUUAUGGUGACAAUAACGCCCUUAUUUACUUUGGCGGUAUUAGAAUUAGACAAAGACCAUAUCUGGAAAUGGUGAACUUGAUCAAAUGUUUUUGGAGGUGUUGGCAGAAUGUUUUCUUUUGCAGUGACAGUUGCAGUGACAGUUGCGGUAGCCUAUCUGACUGUUUCUGAAAGACAAACAUUUGCUAAUUGUCGUGGACCUAUAAACAGAUUUGUUUUAAUUCAAUCAUGUUUAGCAUUUACCUUUUCCCCUAAUCUAAAUAUGGUGCACUGCCCGUGAGUUCUGAAACUGACUCCUUGAAAUAAAAAUAAGCUAGUAGGCCUACUUAGUGGUAGCUUACACACACUUCAAUGCAAAAUUUCAACUUGUCUGCUCACCUGUUAAAUUCUACUGUAUGUUAUGAACCACGCUCCCUUUCGGAUGCAUAGAGCAAAAACUUGGAAUUAUUAUCGCAUAUUAAUAGGCCCAGUUAAAUGAGAUGCGCGUUGGUAAUUUGUUGUAUGGCUGCUUCAGGAAAAUGAACUCAUCAUGGCCAGAAAAGGUGAGCAACUUAUUUUGCAAUAGUUGUGUAUAAAUGAAAUGUUUACUCGGAAUUUGACACUACAGUAUUCAGACGUAUCUCACAAACGUCAACGUAAAGGUGUGAACCCUCUGCUCUACCGUUAAACUGCACUUAAGAACAGAUCACAAAGCAAAAUACUUAAAGUAGCUUAUCUAUUUACUACUGUGAAGUGGGUCCAAUUAAAUGAGAGAUGGGAUGAAUGGUAGCCUAUCCUAACUUGUAUGAAACCAUCAGUCAGAAAAGGUGAGGAAUUUAUUCUAUAAUGGUCAUGUAAUUGAGGAAAAGAAUAAAUCUAUUUCUAUAAUUAUUUUAGAUCAUAAAGGGAUUUUUGCUCUUCUCACUAAUGGUAAAUGAUUGCAUCUUAUUAUAUUUAGCUAGGCCUACCUGUUUUUUUUGUUGGUUUUUUUAAACUUUUUUUUGUUAUGAGUGUCAUCAUAUAUUCCUGCACAAGGCUACUUCAGCCUUCUUACAAUGCAAUACUUAAACCACUAGAAACUGCGUUCGCAUGGUGUAAAGCAGCAGUGGCAAACUAAUUGCCCCGGGGUCAGCAUUCGGUUUUCAACGAGUUCGAGGGCCACACUGAAAAUGUUAUAUUUCCUUGCCGUCAAAAUUAGCUAAAAAAUAAGUCCUAUAUUCAUCGUUUUUGGAAUUUUCAAUGCUCCCUGACUGUCUUCUGAUUUUAUUAGCGAGAUGAACAGUCAAGAAACUAUGACUAUAGGUUCAUUAUAAUUUCUAGUUUAGAUUUGGUUUUAGUCAUUUUUAAAGUAUAUUGAGUGGCUUUUGUUUUUACUGGAACUACCCUUGUGGGCUGUAUGUUUGACACCCCUGGUCUAAAAUUUGCAGGAGGAUAAGCACAUUACAUCAAGUUACAUUUUUAUUAAUGCCAACUUGUGUGAAUACUGGCGCAUGCAUAUUUUCUGUGUGUAUGCAACACUUGAGGCCCCUGAACAAUAUGAAAUACUAAUUUAGCAUGAUUUCCUUUUGUAUAUUAAUAAUUUAUCCUUGUUACUCAAUCAUAUAGGGCAGGCAUUUUUGCAGUGUAUAUAGUUUGUCUGUAUAGGUUCAUGUCUUAUGUGAAGAUCAGAUGAUUUGUCAUAAGAUGUUAAGUGUUGUCAGAUAAUUGUUUACUGAGACAGGUCUAUGGUAUGGCUAUGUACCUACACAUGACUACCAAAAUAAACACUUGAGUAAAUGAGGGAUGUGAAGUAUAUUGAAAGUGGGUGCUUCCGUGCAGCUGUGGUUCCGGAGUUAAUUAAGCAAUUAACAUAUGAUUAGGGUCAUAUAAAAUGCCCAGUUUCCCAUUAUUUCAGCCACCAUGUCUAGAAGAGAUCGGUGACUUUAAAGAGGGGUCUCAAAGGAGCAUAGGUGGUUUAAAGUGUGUGUGUGUGUGUGUCACCAGCUCUCAACUCAAUUGAACACUUCUGGGAGAGUCUGGAGUGGCGCCUGAGACAGCAUUUUCCACCAUCAAAACACCAAAUGCUGGAAUUUCUCAGGAAGAAUGGCGUUGCUUCUCAAUCCUCGUGACCCGUGGGGAUGUUAAAUAUUAGUGAUGGCAAUAUUACUGUGCAAUGUAGAUGUUCUAUUUUCACCUGAGAUUGCGUAAUAACUCGUAUGUUGAUGUAGUGUCCAUCGGUUAUGAAUGUUUCAACCUCUGUGUUGAAGUUGUGCUUUUAUGUCAGUUCCUGGCUUCAAAAGGGCACCAAAAACAACACUAACCAUGAGUUUUAGCGGUUCUGCUGCCACAGAAACAGACCCUGGGUCUGUCUAACGUGUCUCAUCUCGGUUAACCCAGAGGUAAAACCUCAUGUAGUUUGGGCAACAGAUCGUCACACGGGAGAGUAUAACGUGACAAACAAAUUCAGUUCCUGUGAUUUUUUUUUUUAACUAACAGAUGUCAUAGUUUAUAGCUAACAGAAAUUGUAAUUGAAACACCUUGCCAAACAACCGGCAUGUUUUUCAAAUUUUCAAGGAACGAUUCCAGUGGUCAUGUGAAUUUCAUCUGCUCCGAUUGGAUGAAACAGGCCGCACUGCUGUAUGGGAUGAGUAGUUUGUUUGCCCCCUAACUGGUAUGUACACAGUCUUGUACCCUUGACUUUUCUUCCAUAUCACUUUUUUUUGUUAUGAUUUCUAGUCUUUUGAAUGAAUGGUUCACGCUGGAGAUUUUUGUACCUAUUCCACUUGAUGAGCAUUUUUGUUGAAAUUUGCAUGCUAAAAACAAGUGGGUGUGUCAGUUCUGGAACCAUAACUGUGGAAAGCGGGGCAUGGUGGCACAAAGCCCUUUUAAGACAAUUUAUGUUGGUGUUUCCUUUUAUUUUGGCAGUUGCCUGUAUAUUCAUGUAGAUGUACUUGUUUAGGAUAUGAAUAUCUUCUGGAAGCUGCUAUUAAGACAGCUAGUCCUGUUUUUGUUUGGGUAUGGCUUAUCCAGGGUAUUAUUGGAGCUUUGUCAGCCCUUGUUCCUAACAUCAUUAAAACAUUUAUGCCCCGAAA